CCGACCCGGCCUGACCUGCUUUAUUUGCAUUGUGCCACCGUUCCCCUUUCUCCAGACACCGAAACCCACGAGAUCACAGGACGAAGAAGUAGCGAAUGGCUUCUUCUCCUCUUCUCUUCCUCUCCCCCAAACCCUCUCCUCUCCUCCUCCACCACCACCGUCGCCACCUCAAUCGGCUCCCCGGCAUCUCUUCCCGGUGUCGCCGCCGCUUCCUCGACUCUUUCGUUGCCCGCGCCACCAAGAACGGCGAACCCGCCGACCCCCCGGACCGCAUCCUGGCCGCCGCCUGCUAUCUCUACCCCUUCCUCGACGGCGUCCACUACGGGCGCUUCGUGCUGACCCAGUUCCCUGCCUUGCAGCUUGUCCUCCAGCCCUUUGUACCUGCCAUCCACCUCUUCCGCUCCUCCCCUCUCACCCCCUCCCUCCUCUUCUUCACCCUCUACUUCGCCGUCGUUCGCAAUCCAUCCAAAUUCGGCCUCUUCGUCCGUUUCAACACCAUGCAGGCCAUCGUCCUCGACGUCCUCCUCAUAUUCCCGGAUCUCCUCGAGCGGACCUUCAACCCCAAUGGCGGGAUCGGGCUGGAGCUCCUCCAGAGCCUCGACAGCACCGUCUUCCUGUUCCUGCUCGCGUCUUUCGUCUACGGCUCCACGGCAUGCCUCCUGGGGCAGGUUCCGCGGUUGCCACUCGUCGCCGAGGCCGCGGAGAGGCGGGUCAUGUGAUGCCAUUUUAAGCUUUUAUGCUCUGAUUCUAUCUCGUUUUAUCUUCCUUAAAUCAUUCUGAUGGGGAGAAAUAUUGGAACUUUUUCUGGCUUUGCACUCAAUAAAUUGUUGUUCUGGGUGGAAUCUCA